GAGCCUGACGGCUCACUGUCCUUCGAGGCCCGACCUCACCGCAACAAGCGCCUCCCUGUUCCCGCCUGGGAGGAACGAACCUCUGCCGCGCUUCAGGCCAACGAGGACGAUUUUGCCGCCAAGCACAAGGCAUGGGAGGCAGCAGCCGAGGAAAUGCUCGCUACUGUCCCGACCGAUAUGCCGUUUGGCCGGCACCACGUUUCAUCCUUCACGAAAGACACCGUCAAAGUCCUGAGGGGUCUGCAGAAGAAGCUCGUGGGGAGGUCCGACGGCGAUGCUCGCCGCAGCACCGAGCGCGCCCUCAGCCUCGCCGAGAAGUUGAGCGCGCAGGUGGUACAAAAGCUGCGCAAGGACCGCGCGAAGGCACAAUCGGGGCAGGGACCGCAGAGCAAGCGGGCAAGGCAAGAGCUGGGAGAGGACGAUGUCGAGGCUCACACAAGCGAGUCUCACAUCAAGGCGCGCAGAGCCCUCAAGGCGCUGCGCAAGGGGACGACGGGGUUCAUCCACAACGUCGCCAUGUGCCCAACGAGAACUCAAGCAAGUCUCACGUAGCCGCUCAACGCUUGCUCCGCAACUUCAGGCGCGCCAAUGCCCAGCGAGUCGCCAGCAUCGCGCACACCUACGGCGGAAGAAGCACCGGAGGCGACACGUCGAGAACCGGCGCCGCGCCGUCUCCUUUCGACGAAGAGCAGAGUGACGCCGAGGAGCUGAGAAGCGAUGGCGAGGAGAUGGUGAGCGACGGCGAGGAGAUGGGGAGCGACGGCGCGGAGGAAAGCAGCGAGGACGAUUUCGAGCCAGACGCCAAUGUAGAUCGUCAGACCAUGGGUCGACGAGCUGCACGAGAGCCCACCAACUGCAACCCUCUCGGAGAUGGAUCGAGUGGCAGCGAAGGCAGCGAGGCUCAUUCAACCUUCAAGCUAAUCACGGAUGCAGGGUUUGGCGAUCAGUCCCCGUUUGUGACUGCGGCGGCACGCCGCGGCAUGAUCGCGUACCUGGUUGCCCUGCGGGAAGGUCCAGAAGGUUUGGAAAAGGUCGUCGAUAUCAUCCACUUCCUUUGCCACUGCACCUUCUGCGAGUGGACGGCCAAUUUCGGCCCCCCGCGCCACGGAGCCUGGUCCCGCCUGCUCGACCCUGAUGCUGCGUCCGUCAACUAAAGGCGCUACGCCAUCAGGCAGCACAUCAGGCAGCAGCAUCCGGACCUCUACGCCGCCAUCAGGAUGGGCCGUCAGAUCAGCGAGCGUGCCUUCGCCGGUCCAGGCUUGCCCGUUCCCAUGCCCAGCCUCGUCGAUCAUCACGCUCCAGACGUGGCGGCGCAAUUUGCCGUGCCGUUGGAGCCGGGGCAGAAGGGAACAGUCGAGGCAGCGAAGGCCAUUCAAUGGGCGACGCCGAUGCUCUCCCUUCUCAAGCCAGAGGCGGAUGGGCAUCAAAGGUAGAGGGAGGUAGCAGAGGAAGUGUUGGUGAGAGAGACGGCGGGCCUGACUUUCGGGCAUGAC